CUCAAGCACUUGCUUGUCCCCGUGGCUUGCUGAGCGCGUCCGCGCCGCCUGCACUGCUCCCACCAUGGUCGUUGCUGCCAGGCUGGAAUGGGUUCGUCGACAGGUGGAGGGUGGAGCUGCUGCACAUUUCACCUGCAGCUCAUCCAAGAUGGGCAGGAAGACCAAUAUCAGUACCUCAUUGGACUCCACGGCCUCGCCCACUUCUCCGACCUCGCGAUUCCUGCUGCUCGCCAUGGCCGGCACCAUUUGGGAGGUGGUCAGCCGUUGUUCUUCGGUUGAUCGUGGAAAUCAUUAUUCGGUUGUGCGUCAAGAGAUUGUCUUGAUCCGCCUGAUCCACUCCACGAGGGCUGUCCCCCUGAUCGCCACCAUCCUGGCGGAAACCAGUCGGCCUCACGCCGCUCAAGCAGAUCACCUGCACUUCAGGCACCUCGGCGGCAACCUGUUCACGCUCUUGGCGGUGAAGGCGGACUACAGCACGCCUUUCCUCACGGCGGUAUAUGUGAUGAUCCUGACGCUCGUGGUGAAGUGCACACUGGCAGUGGGAGUUUGGUUGCUAGCUUGCCGAAGGUCCCUACCUUCCCUUUCAUCGCGGACCCGAAUUCUUUCUCAAUUUGGACGCAAUAGUCUGGGUUUGUGCCGACCGUGGUGAUGCAGAGGUUCGUGCAGAGCUUCCUGAUGACGGCAUGCCUGUCCUUAACCAGGUGAUGGAUGAUUCUUUUCGGGCAACGAAUACGAUGUUAGACCGUAUGGUUGGCACCCUCGUUUGUGCCGAUGUUCCUCAUGACGCGGGUCGUACUGACCUUCCUGAGGCAGAUGAUCGUGGCGCUCGUGGUGGUGGAGUGUCUCGUGGCAGUCUCCCCCUGAUGCCGCUAUUCGUGUGGCUGUUCGUGGCGAGUGUGAUGGCAGUGUUGUUCGCGAGGCUGCUCGUGGCGAUCUCCCUGGCCAGCUUUCCGUGCCUGUCCUGAUGGAGAUUUCCAUUCCGAUCCCAACGAUGACGGUAUUGCCGCCCUUCACAAUAUGAUGGAUGACCUUAUCAGGGCAACCACUGGUGCGAUGUUAGAUCUAAUUGUUGGUUGUGUUGGUUUUCUUGGUGACAUUGGUUGCGCCGUCUUUCCUGGGCAAGUUGAUCGUGACUUGCCUCACGAUUGGAGCGGUCGUGGCGAUCUCCCUGGUGCAGGUGUGCGUGGGACCGUUCGUAGCGAUAAGGAUGAUAGAGCUGGUCGUGGGCUGGAUCGUGGCGAUCACCCUGAUACAGCUGUUCGGUCUGACUUUCCUGACUGAAAUGUUCGCUCUGGCAUGAAUUCGGGAAUGGAUCGUUGUCGGCAGUUGCUUCGUGAGAUCGGAGUGCGCCCGAUACGUGGCCCGAGAUGGGCGGCGGCGACGGCUCCCUGCUGAUGUCUGCGGCUGGGGUCCUGGGUUUCUUUGGUCCAGUCCGCGGCGGGCGUCUCCGGCAUGGCGCCUUCUUCGCCUGACAGUUCGCAUGCGUGUUCCUCGUGCUGCUGCGCAUCGUCCGCCUCGUCGUGCGCACCUUCCUUGCGACGCUGCGCACCUUCACGCUAGAGGCUUUCUGCGCUGGAAGUUCGACGGUUUCCUGGUCAUCGGGUGCACGGUGGGCCUGGGCUUCGCUAAAAGGCCCCCUCGGUUGUCGUCGGAUCGGCACCGCUGCUUCCCCGAA